AAACACUGCGGGGGAAUCCCCGCGGCGAGGCUGAGUCAGCGAUGCCCGACUCGAUGUUGAUCAGAGACAAUCACCAGUCGACACAGACGUUGCUGAGAGCAGAAUAAGAUGCCUUUCUACGGGCAUCACCAUUCUUCCGAUACGCAUGAUGCUGAGGCCAAUUUGCACGGAGCCCUGGGUGGGAUAUACCAAGCCGCGCAGACACUAGGCGCUGUGGGAGCUCCCGUGGGCAGCCUUCGCAGCGGGAACCCAAAUAGCACGACGGCUGACGCUCAUCUUCUACCUCCCGAGUCUACUGGGUCGAACAGUGGGCGACGAUAUACGGUGCCCAGGAGGAAUUCCGACACGGGGAGCGCCACGUCGCAGCGCCCUUCGACCAUGGCGAACUCAGCGCAGUCGUUCGACCCUGCUGCUCGUCGAAGUGCCGCUUUCGGACGUCAGCCAGAGGAGCUUCAUAUCCCGGGCUCUGCGAACCCUCUGAGCGCGACAAAUCCUCGCCAGCAGGCUAACCAGGGCUAUGUUACGGAUUCUGGCAGCAGUACUAAUCCUCCUGCCAUCAACGUCCAGCAGACCGUCCCUCAGUACGGUGGCAGCAGCAACAAUACGCUGCCAGGAGCUCUACAGCCAGGCAAUACCAACCGACCACCUGCGCUUUCCAUGAACACGGCACCGUCAGCCCUUCCAACGCUGCCGCAGAUAUCGACACAGACUCAGUCUUCCACUGCUUCCUCACGCCCCUUGACGAUCAAUUCGCACGGGCAUUCGAGGUCCAGCCCCGCGGGGUUCGAGCAACCGACCUACAAGCAAUAUGGGCACACUCCUGACAAUACGAAAUACGCCUCAACCCCAAGCACUGGAUAUCCACCUCACACACCGCAGGGAGCGAAAUACUCGCCCUUGGGGUUGGCAGAUAUACGGCCGACCAAGGAUUCAGUGCUAGCGGAUAUCACCAUGAGCCCGACGGCGAAUACAUAUAAUGGAGAGCCACAGAUACCAACGAAUAGCAACUAUGUCGCGCCGUGGCCUAUAUAUGCGGUCGAUUGGUGCAAGUGGCCCAUGUCCACGACAGGCUCUUUUACAGGUAAAAUUGCGCUAGGAAGCCAUCUGGAAGACAGCCAUAACUACAUCCAAAUCAUCGAUGCGCACAGGACACAGCCCGAUCCCGAUACGCCAGAUGUAGUGCCUGGGGAUGUGAAAUUGGAAUAUGUGAAGACGGCAGAAGCUACCCAUUCGUAUCCCGUGACGAGGAUCUUGUGGGAACCUCCAUCGUCACAGAAGCAGUCCACGGACUUGUUAGCAACGUCGGGUGAUCACUUGCGCCUGUGGUCUCUACCAAGCUCUCAGACCUUACAGACAUCCAAUUCCAUCACUCGUCCCUCCAACCACAGAGAAAAUCCGCCAGCGAAACUGUCCCCUCUCGCUCUUCUCUCGAACUCGAAGUCUCCGGAACAUACAGCUCCCAUCACUGCGCUAGAUUGGAACACGAUCUCACCUAGUCUGAUCAUUACCUCCAGUAUCGAUACUACCUGCACGAUCUGGGAUAUACCGACUCUGACUGCGAAGACGCAACUGAUUGCCCAUGACAAGGAAGUAUACGACGUCAGGUUUUGUGCCAAUAGCGUCGAUGUGUUUGUCAGUUGUGGUGCAGAUGGCAGUGUUCGUAUGUUCGAUCUCCGAAGUCUGGAGCACAGUACUAUUAUCUACGAGCCGAGUGAGAAGACCGAUAAACUUAUGAGCCCUGGCAAUUCUAGCCCGUCUACGCCCCAUCAGCAGUCGAUCUGGCCACCUCCACUUCUGCGAAUCGCAGCUUCGCCGCAUGAUGCACAUUUACUCGCUACCUUCUCCUCAGAUUCCAAUGUUAUCCGGGUGCUAGAUGUUCGGCAGCCCGGGCAAGCUCUUCUGGAGCUCAAGGGCCAUUCCGCCUCCAUAAAUUGCAUCGAAUGGUCGCCUUCUCGACGUGGGACUCUGGCCUCUGGAGCAGACGAUUGUCUAGUCCUUGUGUGGGACCUUCUGAACCAGCACAAUGCCGCGUCUGUCUCGCCCAACUUGCACUCCUCGGGCUCGCCGUCCACGACAGAACGCGGUCCAGCCUUCGCAUGGCAGUGCGAUUAUGAAGUGUCCAACCUCAGCUGGUCGCCUGCAGGCGGUGCCACCAGCGCCGGACACCACCGGGACUGGCUAGGCGUCUGUGGCGGCAAAGGCUUCUGGGGAGUUGCACUCUAGAGCCGCUUAACAAUGACGUUUGGGGGCGUCUUACCGGGCGGUUGUCCAUGGAUUUUGGGAAUACAGUCCAUUACAUUGAGCCGAACGCGCGGACCAUAUGAUGGUGGAAUAAAAUCACGGAAAUGAUCCAGAUGGUGUUAUGCAUUGAUUACGAAUUGAUUAGCUUUGAGUCUGUAUAAUCGGAAACUAUUGAUUUCAUGCUCUUAAAAGAA